GAGCAGCAGAGAAUUAUGGACCAUUCUUCUGGGCAGAUCAGCUUUAAGAGAACCGGCACAGAUUGCGGCAGAAUUGAACAAGCACUGGCAGAGAUUGUUAGAGGGACUUUCAUACUAUAAACCGCCAAGUACAACUUCAGCAGAAAAAAUAAAAGCUGAUAAAGAUGUAGCUGCUCCACUAAAAGAGUUGGGUCUGAGGGUCAGCAAGUUUUUGGGUCUGGAUGAAGAGCAGAGUGUGCAGUUGUUACAGUGUUAUCUUCAAGAAGAUUACAGAGGAACAAGGGACUCCCUGAAGACAGUUCUUCAGGAUGAAAGGCAGAGUCAGGCUCUGAUACUGAAGCUUGCUGACUAUUACUAUGAAGAGAGGAUCUGCAUUCUGCGCUGUGUUCUCCAUCUACUCACUUAUUUUCAGGAUGAGAGGCACCCUUACACAGCACAAUACUUCCAAUGUGUUGAAAAGUUGGACAAGGAGCUAGUUCCUAAUUACCGGAAACAGUUUGAAGCGCUGUACAAAGCAGAAGCUCCUACAUGGGAAACACAUGGAAAUCUCAUGACAGAACGUCAGGUUUCCCGUUGGUUUGUGCAAUGCCUCCGUGAACAGUCCAUGCUCCUGGAAGUCAUCUUCCUCUACUAUGCAUACUUUGAAAUGGCACCUGAUGAGCUUCUGGCGUUUGCAAAGAUGUUCAAAGAACAGGGAUUUGGCACUAGACAAACCAACAGACAUUUGGUAGAUGAGAGCAUGGAUCACCUGGUGGAUCGUAUUGGCUACUUUAGUGCUCUUAUUCUGGUGGAAGGCAUGGAAAUUGACUCGCUCCAUGAGCGUGCUUUGGAUGACAGGACCGGGGAGCACAAGUUAGCCAGUAACGAGCGCAUCCACCAGGAGAUGGACAAUCAGCUGCUGCAGUUAGGGGAUGUCUCACAUCACGCUCCGGUGCUUUUGGCCUGGGCACUGCUCCGUCACACUGUAAACCCAGAGGAGUCAGCAAACAUUAUCAGGAGAAUGGGCAGCACUGCUAUCCAGCUGAAUGUUUUCCAGUAUCUGACAAAGCUGCUGCGAUCGCUGAGCAGUGGGGGAAAGAAUUGUACUGCCAGCACAGCUUGCAUGUGUAUUUAUGGGCUUCUUUCCUUUGUCCUGACAUCGCUGGAAUUGCAUACACUGGGCAAUCAGCAGGAUAUAAUUGAUGCUGCGUGUGAAGUUCUGGCAGCUUCUAGCAUUCCUCAGCUCUUCUGGAAGACGGAACCUACUGCAGGUCUGGGUAUUAUCCUGGACAGCGUGUGUGGGAUGUUCCCCCAUCUUCUUACUCCUCUCCUUCAGCUGCUCCAAGCCCUUGUGUCUGAUAAAUCUACUGCAAAAAAGGUAUACAGUUUCCUGGAUAAAAUGUCCUUCUAUAUCGAACUGUACAAGCAUAAGCCUCCUGAUGUGAUCUCUCAUGAAGAUGGCACACUUUGGCGAAGACAGGCCCCAAAGCUCCUCUAUCCUCUUGGACUAGGUCAAACAAAUCUGCGGAUACCUCAGGGAACAGUGGGCCAAGUGAUGCUGGAUGAUCGGGCUUAUUUGGUACGAUGGGAGUAUUCCUACAGCAGCUGGACCCUGUUUACCUGUGAGAUUGAGAUGCUGCUCCAUGUUGUAUCAACAGCAGAUGUGAUUCAGCAUUGCCAGAGGGUCAAGCCAAUAAUUGAUCUGGUUCAUAAAGUCAUCAGCACUGAUGUAUCGAUAGCAGAUUGCCUUCUGCCAAUCACGUCGCGAAUCUACAUGCUCCUGCAGAGGCUAACGACUGUAAUCGCUCCCCCUGUGGAUGUUAUUGCUUCUUGUGUCAAUUGUUUGACAGUACUGGCUGCUCGGAUGCCAGCCAAGGUUUGGACUGACCUUCACCAUACGGGGUUCUUGCCAUUUGUUGCCAAUCCAGUGUCCAGUAUGAAUCACGUGAUUAGUGCAGAAGGAAUGAAUGCUGGGGGCUAUGGAAACCUAUUGAUGAGCAUAGAACAGCCUCAAGGCGAGUACAGGGUUACCAUCUCCUUCCUGAACCUGAUAACAACUCUUGUCCGGGGACAACUUGGUAGCACCCAGAGCCAGGGACUUGUGCCCUGCAUUGUUUUUGUCUUGAAGGAGAUGUUGCCAAAUUACCACAAAUGGCGUUACAGCUCGCAUGGAGUGAGAGAGAAAAUUGGAUGCCUUAUUCUGCAGUUGAUCCAUGCUAUACUGAAUUUAUGCCCUGAAAUGGAUCCUCGCAGUAGCAAUGCUCCCAGCCUUCAGUCCUUGUGCAUCUUCAGCCUGGCCAACACUGAAGCAGGGCAAGCAGUCAUUAACAUCAUGGGAAUUGGUGUGGACACUAUUGAUAUGGUGAUGGCCUCCCAGUCUAGUAGUGAUGAGUCACAAGGCCAAGGUCAACUGCUGAUCCAAACAGUUAAGCUGGCAUUCUCGGUUACGAAUAAUGUCAUCCGGUUGAAACCCCCCUCUAGCGUGGUAUCUCCAUUAGAACAGGCACUUACUCAGCAUGGUGCUCAUGGAAACAAUCUUAUUGCAGUCUUGGCAAAAUACAUCUACCACAAGCAUGACCCUGCACUUCCACGCCUGGCCAUCCAGUUGCUCAAACGACUGGCUACGGUUGCUCCCAUGUCUGUUUAUGCCUGCCUUGGUAGUGAUGCUGCUGCCAUCCGUGAUGCCUUCCUCACCCGCCUGCAGAGCAAGAUUGAGGACAUGCGUAUUAAGGUCAUGAUACUGGAGUUCCUCACAGUCGCGGUGGAGACACAACCUGGGCUCAUUGAGCUGUUUCUGAACUUGGAAGUGAAGGAUGGCAGUGAUGGGUCAAAGGAAUUCAGCUUAGGGGAGUGGAGUUGCCUCCAAGUAGUCUUAGAACUGAUAGACUCCAAACAACAGGAGAGGUACUGGUGCCCUCCCCUCCUGCACCGUGCUGCCAUUGCCUUCCUGCAUGCUCUGUGGCAGGACCGUCGAGAUAGCGCCAUGCUAGUUCUGAGGACAAAGCCAAAGUUUUGGGAAAAUUUAACCAACCCCCUCUUUGGCACCCUUCCUCCGCCUUCAGAGUCAUCAGAGCUCAGUGUGUUGGAUACCUGUGCCUUAAUCAUGAAAAUCAUCUGUUUGGAGAUCUACUACGUUGUCAAGGGCUCACUGGAUCAGUCCCUGAAAGACACGCUGAAGAAUUUCUCCACCAAAAAGCGCUUUGCCUAUUGGUCAGAAUAUGUGAAGUUACUGGCAUAUCACAUGGCAGAGACAGAGGGGAGCAGCUGUGCCUCCAUGACAGAAUAUCAAAUGCUCAUCUCAGCCUGGCGGAUGCUGCUGAUAAUCUCUACUAGCCAUGCGGAUAUAAUGCAUCUGACUGAUUCUGCAGUUCAUCAGCAAUUGUUUCUGGAUGUGCUAAAUGGCACCAAGGUUUUGCUCCUAGUUCCCAUGUCAGUAUCCUGUCUACAGCUGGGGUCUAUGCUAUGUACCCUUCUUCUGAUCCUGCUCAAACAGUGGAAGAGUGAGUUGGGUUCUGUGGAUAAAAUCAUAAGCUCCUUGACGCAGAUUCUGGAGGGAGUACUGCAGGCAGAUCAGCAGAUGAUGGAGAAAACCAAAGCCAAAGUGUUCUCGGCUCUUAUCACUGUUCUGCAAAUGAAGGAGAUGAAAGUGAAUGAGAUCCCACAGUACUCCCAGCUGGUGUUGAGCGUGUGUGAAACACUCCAAGAUGAGGUCAUUGCGCUCUUUGAUCAGACUCGACACAGCCUGACCUUGGGAGAUGCAACAGAUGACAAGGACAGCAUGGAAACUGAUGAUGCUUCCCGAGUUAAACACAAAGACCAGCGAGAUGGGGUAAAAGACCUGUUCAUCCGCUUUGCAGCCAUGUUUCGUCUCUCUAGACAAAAGUUCCAU